CAUACAUAAAAUACGACUACAUAAAUAUACGUAUUUUGUAACCGAUAAACAUAGUGACGCAGUCUAAAAAAAAAUGCAUGACGUAGUUAUCGCGCGUUCUGUCAGCAGACGUAAACAUCGCUUAAAGUAAUGAUGGCGCCUGAGCCUGUGGUCAAACGGAUGAAAAACAAAAACUGGAACGCAUCGGAAAUGACAAUUCUUGUCGAACGGUGUGUUGAAGGGUAUAGCCUUCUGUUUGGAUGUCAUUCGCCUUCAGUAACGGAAGGGAAAAAGGAUUUGUUUUGGAAGGAAACAAUUGAAAUGAUAAAUGCAGUUGGACCCGGUAGAAGUUUGCAUGAGGCAAAAAGAAAAUGGGUGGACCUAAAAAGUUCCACAAAGGCCAAAGAAAAAAAAAUUAAAAAGGAAGUGGGAAAAACAGGUGGUGGACCUGUGCCAGACAAGUUGUCACCACUUGAAGAAAAGGUGCUGACUGUCAUUCCGAAAGCGUCCAUUGAGGGUGUCACUGCAGAGGGGGAUGUUUUUUUAGACAAUCUUAAAGAAUCCUCCAUUGAGGAGAAAUUUGAGACUGAAGAAGUGCAAUGUACACACAAUGAAAACAAAAUGGUUUCACUGGCUGAAAAUGUUGCACCACUUCAAUUGACUGAAAAUUUAAAAACUCAAACAGAAGUUGCAUCAAGCAGAAUACAAAUAGUAAUUAUUAGUUGUUUCUAUUAA